GUUAUCGUAUAUACUUUAAAGACAUGUUUACGUUUAGUUUUUCGAAAAUCGAAGAUUUGCUCGUUUUGUUCAAUAAUUAUUAAUUAUAAGCGAUAUUAUGUUUCGUUCCAAGAAUCGUUCGUAGAACCGGAUAAACGUUUUAGUAAUCGUUCGCAUGCAUCGUAGUCCGUAGACAACGACAACUAUGGGAAAAGAACACAAAAAGCACAAAAAACACAAACAUUCUAAGAGCAAACACAAACCCAAAGACGAUCACGAAUAUCACGUUCCGAUCGUUCCGCUCAAGAGCGACGUGCGUCCAAAAUCGGUGUCUGUGGCAACGCCGACCGCGGGCGAGUCGAGAGCUGACGCCGUGGCCAAACCUAUCGGGCCAGUCCUGCCGCCCGGCCUGUCCAGCUCCGACGGUGGUAAACACGAGACCGAUACACCAGGACCAGAGGCCGGCGAACUAAACCACUCGUACGGACCUAGCUUACCGCCGCACCUGGUACCGCAGAAACGCGCUCCAGGACCGUCAUUGCCUUUGGAUUUCAAAAUUGAAGAUACAGUAGUCGCCAAGAUCGAUGAAGACAUCUCGGGUUUCGGUCCAUUACCGGCCGAGCUGAUAACUUCAGACUCCGAGCAACUAUUCAUACAGAAGCAAUUGGAAUUGCGAGCUGAAUAUAUGAAACGAAAAUUUGCCGGAGAAGUAUACGACGACAACAAACAGGAAACGGUUCGUGAGAAAUGGAUGUUGGAGCUGCCGCCAGAAAAAGCUGCCAACCUAGGUUUAGGAGCAAGGCAGUUUAGAAAACGAGAGGCUCCUGACAUGAGUAACCGAUCAGAAUGGACUGACACGCCGACAGAUAAACAGCGUAAAGUUCAAGAACCAAAAACUGCUGAAGAAACGGACAUGGAAGCAUUGAAACUGAUCGCAAUUCAAAAACGCGAUGAGGAAAUGGAAAUACUGGCAGAAACCUCAGCAAAACGGAAACCUUAUUCAUUAUUAGAAAUGCACCAAGAAAAACUAAAAAAACAAAAAAAGGAAAAGAUUAAAGAAGAACCUGCAGAAAGAAGACCUUUUAGUAGGGAUAUUGAUCUGCAAUGUAACAAAUUUGAUAACGCUCAGAAACAAUCAAUAUUGAAAAAAGCCAGUCAGCUGAAUAAUAGAUUUUCACAAGGCGAAUCUAGAUUUCUCUGAAUCUAAAUUAAAUCAAACUAGGUACUACUUGUUGGUAAUUGCUUGUCAUUAACAUCUAGGUAUGUUAAUUGAGUGUGCAUGUGAUUUUCUUCACUGAACUAUACAAAAUAUAUUCACACAUGAUAUGAA